AAAAGAUCGACAAGCCCUGAAUAUAGAAAGGGUUCUGAAAAGGCAGACGAUUCCGAAAGUUUCUAUGAUGAACAUUCCAGUGAAAAGUACUCAACUGAAAAUGAGUUUAAACUGACGACUGAGUUCGUUUAAAAUGAAAAUGAUGCAAGUUUUGGAGCUAACUUUGAAACUCCUAAACAGCUGAAACUCUCGGCAAAAAAUCGCCGUAUUGAGUUUGACAUUCAGGAGGGAUUUUAAUGUCCAUGUCCGAUUCAGACGCCAUAAACCGAUGAAAGUGACCUAUCCCGGAAAGAACCUGUGGUGUAAUUUGAAUUUCGAUGGCGAGAUGAAGAAAAAGAAGUGUACUACAAUUUGUGCGAAUCAAUGCCUCAGGAUCCGACGAUAAACUUUAUGUCAAAACUGUUGAACCUGAUUACUUGAUUGAGGAGCAUGAAGCUCCGCAGAGAGUUCGACGAAUGCACUCGAUGAAACAUAUGGAUCUAAAAAUAUGAAAAAAUGAAAUAUUCUCUUGAAUAGGAUGGAUGUUUACUGUUGGUGUUACUUUCGAUUGAAAGAAGAGACUUACUGAAAAAUCAGUGAACGAAUAAAUCAAUCUAUAGAGUGGGAUGAAAAUAAGUUCGAAUAUGUUUUGUCAAUAUUCCCUCAUCGAUUGCUUUGGAACUUGACUGCAAGUUGUGAACCUCUUCAAAAAGCUCGUUUCGUAGAUAAUGAAUUUACGUAUAAAAAGAUUGUAUACAAGCAGCCUAAAUGAACGGUGAUGAUUACCUGAGAUCAUUUUCGGUUUCAUAUUUUGAGAUCAACGUAUAAUGCAGAAAACAAUCAAUGAAAGAUAGCCCAUAAAUCUGCGAAAAAUUGAAAAAUAAAUUGAAUUACCUAUUUGGGCUAAAAAUCUUUUUUUUUUUGACAAAAUCAUAAUUAGGUAUAUCUGCACGUUGAAAUUGUGUGGUGGUGUGGUUGAGGAGGGGGACUGUCCUUAUUUUGAAAAUAAUUCCGUAUUUUUAGUUCAAAAUAACAAAAAACCGAAAAAAUGAAUUUUUUUUAAAACAUAGAUAUUGUACCGGAAUUCUUCUUAAUACCCCCCUCCCUUCCCUCUUCUUGAGAAAACAGUAAACAUUUCACAACAUGUAGAGUCCAAUGAGGGGCGUCAAAAUAGGACCUCAAAAUACAUCAGCAGUGAAAACUUCAGGCACUGAAAAUCAUAACGAUUAUUUGCAAAUUUUUAGAAAUUUAAAUUUGGCCCAUUUCCCAUGAAAAAAAAUCAAAAUUUAUAAUCAAAUCGACAUAAACACUUUAUUGGACCAUUGGUUUCGAGCUGUUCUGGAGCCUCCAGCGGAUUUUCAAAUUCUCCGGUUUUCGAAAAAAGAAAUGCUGUAAAAAUGGGGUAAAAAUGAAAUUUAACACCUACGCGAAUAAAAACCUUACUGACUUUGUUUUCAAUACUUUUUCGAGGAUGGAAGAAUCUGAAAAUUUACUGGAGACUCUGGAAUGGUUUAAUAUCAUCGUAAAUCGACUCAAGUGCUCAAAAACAGGGUACAGACGAACCGUUUCUCUUUUUUUGUUUUUUAACAUCUGCCUUUUUAAAAGUACCUAGUAGCUACAUUUUUAAAAAUAAUGUUUUACUGGAAAUUACGAAUCUUCGACUGCCAAACGAAAAUUACGCAGUUUUGAUCAUUUUCAUAUAAAUAUUCGGCUACUGUUCCUCGAUUUUAAGUUUCCUUUUCAAACUUCAACUUUGUUUAUUAUUGAGAUAAUAAUGAUAACUAACACACGAAUAUGUAACAGACGUAGUUACUAAUGAAAAAAAAAAGAGGGAAAGUAUUUCUAAAAUAAUGAGCGACGACGAAGAGAAGGAACAAACUAAUCAAGAAAAUACGGAACCUGAGACUGAUUCAACUUUCGACACAGAAGCCGACGAGUCGGCUGAAAAAACUACAGAUGAGACGACCAACCCGAAACGGAGGCUGUUUGGACUACACAUAAGUAAUAAAAUGAUUGUGAUCAUAGCUGCGACAAUUCUCAUCAGUUUACUCUUCAUCAUCAUAAUAAUAAUCGUUUUUUCGAUCGUAAGAAAGAAAGAUGAUUCAGAACCAGAACUGGAUUUAAAAAAAUCUAUCGCAAAAGUUAAAGCAAAAUGCGAGGAAUACACACAACUCCUCGAGUGCCUACCAGAAUCACCCAAAAGGCAAUUGGGGCCUAACAAUGAGAAUUUGGCUAUUACUGAUGAAAUAAAUCCCUACAUGGUGUACCUGUUGGUUUUCCAUAAAACCGAAGGAAGCCAAAGCGAUUGUACCGGUACGCUGAUUAGCGAAUAUUUCGUGCUUACCGUAGCUAGCUGCUUUAAGGAACGCGACCCAACGACUCGAGUACAUGUGUACCUUGGAAUAAAGGACAACGAACUUCUACCAUCAUUCAGCUUUUUUUCUACAGAAAUCUACAUUCACGAGAAGUAUGGUACAAGUGAUAUAGUGGGAGACAUCGCUCUAGUGAGAAUGUCUGAAAAAGUUCUUUUCACCAACCUUGUCAGACCAAUAUGUUUGAACACGACACUCGAAAACACUGCGGCUGAUUUAAUUUUUGCGGAAUACGGCAUAGCUAAACUGCCCGACCUUGACGAUAAGUUCAGCAAAAUCGGAAUAACAACAAAGAUAACAAUGGAUGAAGAAGUGCAAAAAAAAUGUCUGGAAGAAAUAACUGCAGCAGGCGUCAAUCGCGUCGAUUUCACGAAAAAAAUGUUUUGCCGCGACGCCACCCGCGAGGAACUCCCCGACGAAAUUGUUGAUACUGUUGGAGGACCGUUGAUGUAUCGUAUGAAACACAAGUGUCUAAUGCACGGCGAAAUUGCUUUCUUGUCAAAAUCAAAGGUUUCUAACACACGAGGGUCAACAGUGAUUCAUUGUUAAAAUGAUGGAAACGAGUUCUGGAGCUGAAGUCGACUUCACCAAACAGCUGAAACCUUCGGCAAAAAUCAUCCGAUUGAGUGAUGCAUAACACUUUACGAGGACUUUUACUGUUCGUGAUUCAGAUGCCAUAAACCGGCGAGAGCGCGUAUACGUAUCGUACACGAUUUUGUUAAAAAAUCAGGUUUAAGAUCAAAGAUGGCGGUUGGUUUUUUUAUUCCUUUGUUUUAGAUGAAAAUUACAUAUACCGGCAAGAACCUGUGGUGUAAUUUGAAUUUCGAAGCCAAUGAUGAAGUAAACAAAGUGUACCGAAAUUGUGCGAAUCGAUGCAGAAUCCGGUGAUAAACCUCAUGUCAAAACUGUUGAACCAAAGUGAUUGAAGAGCAUGAAGAUCACAAAGAGUUCGACGAAUGAAUACACUCGUUGAAACAUGGAUCUAAAAUAAAAGAAUGAGAUAUUCGUUCGAAUGGGAUUUUGAAUUUUGAUUUUAAAAAAAAACUCCAUCGAACGACGUACGACGUAGGUCUCCUUGUUUGGACUCUUUUCUAAAAAGAAAUAUGUUAGGUACUGAUGUGGGUGAAUAUUUUCUAAAAAAAAUUCUGGAUCAGGAAAAUGAUAUUUUGUGAUUUUUCUUGAUGGAUUACCAAUUAUUUAAUGUUCUGACAUCUACACACCUUUUAUGCUGAAGAAUGUCCCCUUAUUUGGAAAAAAGUGAUGGAAGGGGCGAAGUUUUCAGCAGAAAUGAGAAAAUUCAUAUUAUUGAGAAUUAUUCUUGAAGUAAGAUUGAUGGAAUCAGUUUCCGCUUUCCAAUUUCCAUGUUUUCAAUUCAAUUUAACAAUUUUCAAAGCCCAAUAAAUUUCCGAAAAUGUGUGAUUGGAUAUCUGGUUGGGGAGGGGAAGGAGGGGAAGAGAAUAAAAAAGGUCUACAAGGACCUCUUUUAGACCUAAAGCCUGGGACAAAAAAGAUCAAUCGUGAAAAAAAAUUAAAAUAAUAUAUUUUGAAUUUUUGAACGUUUUGUUUUAGUGAGGUUGCAACUUUUGGAACUAAAAAUACUGAUAAGAGUGAUAACAACUGAAAUAGGGGUCUAAUGCAUUGGAUUAUAUGGGAAAAUGUCGAAUUAUUGCAUUUUUUUAUAACUGAAAGAAGUAAAGACUUUUUUAAAUGUAAGUAUCUUUAGUAGAAUUUCACGCUCUUUCAUAAAAU